UAGUACACUCCCAAACUUUGAUAUUUACAUUUUCUUGUCUAUAUAAGUGCUCGUUCAAUCCCACAAAGUACACUAUGAGAAACCCAUGAUUUUUUUUAAUUUUUUUUUUUUAUCGUUUCUGUUCUUUCCCCAGCUGUUUGGGUGCUGAGAACAUGUGUGGAAACUGAAAGAAAACUGUUACUUGGGGUUUUUUCAUUCAUUGUGAUGCAAAGCUUUCAGAGAGGUGCCUAAUAUUUCUCUGCUACAAAUUCAUGAGAUUGUGACUUCAUGUGAGUGUUGUACAACAAAAGUCCCCUCUUUUUCAUUCACUUCAGUUUCCUCAGUGAAAACAAGAAGAAAAAGAAAAUGCAGCGACCUCCAGUACCAGGAGAGUUUGCUAUAAAGCAGACCGCCCCCAAAAUAGCCGGGGCAGGGGUCACUGGAGGAGACAAGCUAACGUGCGCGUAUGACCUUGUCGAGCAAAUGGAUUACCUUUAUGUUCGGGUUGUCAAAGCAAAAGAAUUACCUGCGAAAGAUGUGACCGGGGGUUGUGAUCCAUAUGUUGAAGUAAAGGUGGGUAACUACAAAGGAGUCACCCGGCAUUUUGAGAAAAAGUCCAACCCCGAAUGGAACCACGUCUUCGCUUUCUCCCAGGACCGGUUGCAAGCCUCUUUCCUGGAAGUUGUGGUGAAAGAUAAAGAUGUGGUGUUGGAUGAUUUCAUAGGAAAAAUUCAAUUUGAUCUCUCUGAAGUCCCUAAACGUGUGCCACCGGAUAGCCCAUUGGCGCCACAGUGGUAUAGACUUGAGGAUAGAAAGGGGGAUAAGAUAAAAUCAGGGGAGAUUAUGCUAGCGGUUUGGAAGGGGACUCAAGCGGACGAGGCGUUUCCUGAUGCAUGGCAUUCAGAUGCAGCAACUGUUAGUCGCGAAGGGGUUACGAAUAUCCGAGGGAAGGUAUACUUAGCCCCUAAGCUUUGGUAUGUUAGGGUUAAUGUGAUUGAAUGUCAAGAUUUGCUACCAAGUGACAAGGCUAGGCUGCCUGAAGUUUCGGUUAGGGUUACUCUCGGAAACCAAGUAGGGAGGACUAAAAUUCACUCGAAGACAGUUAAUCCGAUGUGGAAUGAGGAUUUGGUGUUUGUAACUGCCGAGCCAUUUGAGGAACCUUUGGUUAUAAAUGUGGAAGAUAGAGUUGGGUCCAACAAAGAUGAGAUUUUGGGGAGGUGUGUGAUUCCAUUGUCCAAUAUUCCAAGGAGGUUCGACAACAAGGCAGUGCCACCACGGUGGCAUAAUCUUGAGAAACACCAUAUUGUCGAGGGAGAGAAGAAAGAGACUAAAUUUGCAAGUAAGAUUCAUUUGCGGAUCUGUUUAGAAGGCGGGUACCACGUGCUUGAUGAAUCAACUCAAUACAGUAGUGAUGUCAGGCCUACCUCAAAGCAGUUGUGGAAGUCCAGCAUAGGGCUAUUGGAAUUGGGUAUCAUAAGUGCCACCGGUUUGUCGCCAAUGAAGUCGAGGGAUGGUUUAGGAACCACAGAUGCGUAUUGUGUGGCCAAGUACGGGCCUAAAUGGGUGCGAACAAGGACAAUCAUUGGCAGCACUGCUCCAAAAUGGAAUGAGCAGUACAGUUGGGAGGUUUAUGAUCCGUGCACUGUAAUCACAAUAGGCGUGUUUGACAACGGUCAUUGGCAAGGGGGUGGAAAAGAUACAAAAAUCGGGAAGGUCAGGAUUCGACUGUCGACACUCGAAACUGACCGUGUUUACACACACUCGUACCCUCUCAUUGUCCUUCAAACUUCCGGGGUGAAGAAAACAGGUGAGGUUCAGCUAGCAGUGAGGUUUUCGUGCACGUCUUUUGUCAACAUGUUGCACAAAUAUACACAACCAUUGUUGCCCAAAAUGCACUAUGUUCAUCCCUUGUCUAUAAGCCAGACCGAUAAUUUAAGGCACCAAGCAACACAACUAGUGUCGAUGAGGCUGAACAGGGCUGAGCCGCCACUUAAAAAGGAGGUUGUCGAGUAUAUGCUCGAUAUGGGUAUUCAUAUAUGGAGUGUGAGGAGGAGCAAAGCUAAUUUUUUCCGAAUCAUGAAUGUUCUAAGCGGUUUGAUCGCAGUUGGAAAAUGGUUUGAUCAAAUUUGCCACUGGAAAAACCCUCUCACAACCAUUCUAAUUCAUGUCCUUUUCGUCAUUCUGGUCCUUUACCCGGAACUGAUUCUCCCCACUAUUUUCCUCUACUUGUUCUUCAUUGGGAUUUGGCAAUACCGGUGGAAGCCACGUCACCCUCCUCACAUGGAUAUCCGACUAUCCCACGCUGAUGCAAUCGGUCCUGAUGAAUUAGACGAAGAAUUUGAUAGCUUUCCGACUAGUAAAGGAAGUGACGUGGUUAGGAUGAGGUAUGAUCGGCUGAGGAGUAUAGGAGGGAGGAUUCAGACCGUGGUCGGGGACUUGGCGACUCAAGGGGAGAGGCUUCAAUCUCUUAUUAGUUGGAGAGACCCGAGAGCCUCAGCUUUGUUUGUCACAUUAUGUUUGGUUAUGGCUUUCGUGCUUUACGUUACGCCUUUUCAAGCCGUGGCACUUGUGUUGGGAUUUUACAUGCUGAGGCAUCCAAGGUUUCGACACAAGCUUCCAUCGUUGCCUCUCAAUUUCUUUCGAAGAUUGCCUGCAAGGAAUGACUCAUUGUUAUAGGCACGAUUCGCCGAUUCUUCCAUAUGAAUUACUAUUAUUAUUAUUAUUAUUUUUUCCUUUUUUUUUGAGGGGAACAAGAAGCUUAAAGAAUGUGUAAUUUUUCUUCUCCUGUAUGCUGAUAAACUUUCUGUUUAUGUUCAAUGUUGUUUAUAUUUGAAUUCUGCUUUAAUUAUUGAAAUAAAUGUAUGUUGAUUUGUAGAUC